UGCUUGGAUUGGAUUAACAUCCAAGAAACUCUCUCUCCCUCUCUCUCUCUCUCUCUCUCUCCCUCCCUCUCUCUCUCUCUCUCAUGGUUUCUUGGGUUUAGGUGCUUUAUUCCUCAAGAACCUGACCCCCACCGCCCUCUUACACAGUUACCCGGAAUUCUCCAUCUCUUUUAUCCAUCAAACACCCAUAGCAAAGGAGGAUACCUUACCUGGGUAGUUCUCUUCUCUCUCUCUCUCUCUCUCUCUCUCUCUCUCGAGCCGUAGAAAGAAAAGUCUGUUUUGCAGGAUUGACCUGGAAUCUCUGCCUUAGGAAAGGAAAAGUCCCUUAGAUUUCCAGGUUUGAAAAUACGGGCGAUGCGAUAAGACUGAUUGAGGCGUUGAAGUUUGAGGGUUCAGGGCCGCUUGAUAUCCCUACAGGUUAAAGAUGAUGAUGUUUGAUGAGAUGGGAUUUUGUGGUGACAUGGAUUUCUUUUCUGCUCCUCUUGGGGAAGAUGGGGCUGCUCCACAAGCUGAGCCAGAGCCUACGGUGGAGGACGAUUAUAGCGAUGAGGAGAUUGAUGUUGAUGAGCUUGAGCGUAGGAUGUGGAGGGACAAGAUGCGCCUCAAAAGGCUGAAAGAGCAGAACAAGAGUAAGGAAGGUGUCGACAUUGCUAAGCAGCGGCAGUCCCAGGAGCAGGCUAGGAGGAAGAAGAUGUCAAGGGCUCAAGAUGGUAUCUUAAAAUAUAUGUUGAAGAUGAUGGAAGUUUGUAAAGCUCAGGGUUUUGUUUAUGGGAUUAUCCCAGAGAAGGGGAAGCCAGUGACUGGGGCAUCAGAUAAUCUUCGAGAGUGGUGGAAGGAUAAAGUAAGGUUUGAUCGAAAUGGUCCGGCUGCCAUAGCGAAGUACCAAGCAGACAAUUCGAUCCCUGGCAAAAAUGAGGGUUGUAAUUCAAUUGGUCCAACUCCACAUACCUUGCAGGAGCUUCAAGAUACAACUCUGGGUUCGCUCUUAUCAGCACUGAUGCAGCACUGUGACCCUCCUCAGAGGCGGUUUCCUCUAGAGAAAGGCGUUCCUCCGCCAUGGUGGCCUACUGGAAAUGAAGAGUGGUGGCCUCAACUGGGCUUACCCAAGGAUCAGGGCCCUCCACCUUACAAGAAGCCUCAUGACUUGAAAAAGGCUUGGAAGGUGGGGGUUCUCACUGCAGUCAUUAAGCAUAUGUCUCCUGACAUUGCUAAGAUUCGCAAGCUUGUGAGACAGUCAAAGUGUUUGCAGGACAAGAUGACAGCCAAGGAAAGUGCUACCUGGCUUGCAAUUAUCAACCAAGAGGAGGCAUUGGCCCGAGAGCUUUACCCUGAUUCCUGUCCACCACUGUCAUCAGGAGGGAGUGGGUCUUUGGUCAUUCAUGAUUGCAGUGAGUACGAUGUUGACGGGGUUGAAGAUGAGCCGAAUUUUGAUGUGCAGGAGUGCAAACCUGAGAAUCUCAGUUCUUCCAGUAUGGGUAUGGAUAGGAUGAGGGAAAGGAUGCCACUACGACAACCUUAUCCAAUUAAGGGGGAAAUUAUUACCAAUGUUGAUUUUAUUAGAAAGAGAAAACCGUCCAGUGAUAUGAACGUGAUAGUGGAUCAGAAGAUAUAUACUUGUGAGUUUGUUCAAUGUCCUUACAGCCAACUUCGACUGGCUUUCCAUGACAGGACUUCUAGGGACAAUCAUCAAUUAACUUGUCCAUACAGAAGCUCUUCUCUAGAGUUUGCAGGAUCGAAUUUUCAUGUUAAUGAAGUGAAGCCUAUGAUUUUUUCUCAACCCUGUGCUCAGCCGAAGCCAGCUGUCCCGAUGGUGAACUCGGCUUCACCUGCCUUUGAUCUAUCAGGAGUUCCGGAAGAUGGGCAAAAGAUGAUCAAUGAGCUCAUGUCAAUCUAUGACACGAACAUCCAAGGAAACAAGAACGCAAGUUCUGGCAACAAUGGAGUAGCUGAAUGUCACAAUAUUUUCCAGCAGAAAAUUCAUCAUCAGCCGGACAAUUACUUCCGAGGUCAAGGCAAUAUGAUGGAGGGAACUAUCUUCGAGGAAUCAAACAUCCACAGUAACCAUCAAAUGUUUUCACAGGAUGGUUGUCAAUUCGACAGGUUUAAAUCUUUGAAUCCUGCAUUUGAGAGCAAUCAGCACAGCAACAACCAUAACAAUAACAGCAACAGCUUCAAUCUGAUGUUUGGCUCUCCAUUCGAUUUAUCUUCAUUUGAUUACAAAGAGGACUUGCAGGGCUUAGCAAUGGAUUCUCUGCCAAAGCAGCAGGAUGUUUCAGGCUGGUUCUAAUGAAAAAUUGCAAGCACUCUGCAAGAACGCUUGUGUUCUUUAGGGAUGGACCUAUCGUACUUGUAGGCUUUGCAAACCAGUGAAAGCUUUCCCUGGCUAAGAACUGAUAUCAGUUGCUGUAUUUCCCUUGUCUUGUAGGUCUAGAACUGGUUACAUAGUUAAAGCAGGGGCAUGAAAUGGGCUAAUAAAGAAAUCAGCAAGACCCAUAGAAAUACCCUUUGCUGUUGAUUACUAUACAUAAUAUGACUGUGAAAUAAAUAAGUUUUAGCUAUGUUUUGUGGGUUGGGAGGGUUGUGUUUUGUUUUAUCAGAUCAACCAUUGUGGUUUAGAAGCUGAUAGGAGAUGUUUCUGUUAAAUUUUCUUGUAAUGGUAAAUGUCUGGUUGUUGUUGAAUGGAAAGGGUGUCUUUUUGUGAA